AUGGAAGUAUACAUAAUAGUUGGGAUGGCUGUAUUGAUCUACACGUUCGUCACGCUACUGUUGAAUAGUGAGUGCUGGAACCCCGAGCACCAGAAGUGUCAGUGUGAGGAGUGCAAGAGCCUCUGCAGUGUUAACCGCACCAUCACCCCCUCGGUCAUCUUAGCGGGCAUGGACCCGCUAGCGAGGCUGAUGGAAGGCGCUCCGCUGCCGGGCGUGCUCGGGGCGACGCGGGACGCCCGCCCUCGCGGCGCGCUGGUGCACGCGAGCCUCGCCGCCGCACCUGCCAUAGGCGACAAGAAGGGACGCCACCUGACAGGCACUUUCUGCCUCACAGGCGACACUAUGGAGGGCAUCAUACAGUGCCUCGUCUUCCUCAAGGCAUUUUCGCCAAACUCUGAUUUACAUGUCACAGAAAUGUCACUCAAGUAUUGCCAGAUCCCCAAAGACAUCCGUGAUGUCUUUUCCGGAAAGUCUCGUCCCCUAGGACCCUCAGGAAUACAAAGGCCGCAAGAAUAUGUAUUUUUCUUCGGUCGCGUCACUGCCACUGACUGUCCGUCAGAUCAGAUCACAAAGCGCGCAGCGACCACUCCGUGCGCCUGUCUUUGUGUCCGCGCGUGGCGGUGA